GUAAUAUACCACUGACCAUUCAGAAUGGAGGCGCGCUCGAAGCAUGCGCAAACAACUGGCCUUUGAGAGGAGGCAAACACACUAUCUGGGGAGGGCACGAGGGGCAUAUCCUUCAUGCAUGGCGCUGGACUCCAGAAGACGAGGACAACAUACGAUGGGUAACAACAUAGAAUACAGUCAGGCCAAUUUCAAACAUCCUAAUUUUGAUGAUCCACGCUGUAGACUGGAAGCCAACUUUAGUAUCAGCUGCUGGGGAACACCAGAAACUACGAUUGAUGGAAUGAGUCACUGGGAUUCUAUUCGAAAUGGCCUUCCCUCAUCAAGGACUGAGUUCAUCUACAACAUCGACGACAUGGAAGUUCCCGUCGAAGGGCAUGCUGGACUAAGAUUAGGAGACUAUAAGCUGUUGCUGGGAUACCCAGGAGCUGCUGACGGCUGGCACAGACCAAUGAACACAACCCAGUAUGAAACAUAUGAACAGAUAGUUUACCUCAAAGGCGAUAAACCAGUCCAUCUAUUCAACAUUCGAGAGGAUCCAACUGAGCACCACGACCUUGCAGAGAAGAUGCCGGACAUGGUGGCGAAGUUGCGUGCCCGGCUUGAGGAAUACAGAAAGACGAUGGUGCCAGCCAAUUUCCCCGAUCCAGAUAAUUCAUUUAACCCCAAAAACUUUGGAGACGCUUGGACCCCAGGAUGGUGCUAAUCAGUUGCACAUUUGUCAAUAAAUGUAUCACUGAACGAU